AUGAACUCCGAGACUUGCGUGUCUUACUGCGAGUCGCCGGCCGCUGCCAUGGACGCUUACUACAGCCCGGUUUCGCAGAGUCGAGAAAGUUCGUCGCCUUUCCGGGGCUUCCCCGGAGGUGACAAGUUCGGAACCACUUUCCUGUCGGCCGCCGCCAAAGGACAGGGAUUUGGAGAGGCCAAGAGCCGGGCCCGUUACGGCGGCGGCGGCGCCGGGCAGCAGGACCUGGCGGCACCCCUGGAGAGCGGCGCCGGGGCGCGGGGCUCCUUUAACAAGUUCCAGCCGCCGCCGCCGCCGCCGACCCCGCAGCCGCCCCAGCCGCCGCCGCCCGCGCCGCAGCCGCAUCUCUACUUGCAGCGAGGCGCCUGCAAGACGCCCCCGGACGGCAGCCUCAAGCUCCCGGAGGGCAGCGGCGGCCACAGCGCGGCCUUGCAGGUCCCCUGCUACGCCAAAGAGAGCAACCUGGGUGAGCCAGAGUUGCCCCCGGAUUCUGAGCCAGUGGGCAUGGACAGCAGCUACCUCAGUGUGAAGGAGGCCGGGGCUAAGGGGCCCCAAGACCGGGCCAGCGCCGACCUCCCAAGCCCACUGGAGAAGGCCGACUCGGAGAGCAACAAGGGCAAGAAGCGGCGGAACCGCACCACCUUCACCAGUUACCAGUUGGAGGAGCUGGAGAAGGUCUUCCAGAAAACACACUACCCCGAUGUGUACGCCCGGGAGCAGCUGGCCAUGAGGACCGACCUCACCGAGGCCCGCGUGCAGGUCUGGUUCCAGAACCGCAGGGCCAAGUGGAGGAAGAGGGAGCGCUUUGGGCAGAUGCAGCAGGUUCGGACCCACUUCUCUACAGCCUACGAGCUGCCGCUCCUCACCCGAGCUGAGAACUAUGCCCAGAUUCAGAACCCGUCCUGGAUCGGCAACAACGGGGCUGCCUCACCAGUGCCAGCCUGUGUGGUCCCUUGCGACCCGGUGCCCGCCUGCAUGUCCCCUCAUGCCCACCCGCCUGGCUCUGGGGCCAGCAGCGUCUCCGACUUCUUGAGUGUCUCUGGGGCUGGAAGUCACGUGGGCCAGACACACAUGGGCAGCCUGUUUGGAGCAGCUGGCCUCGGCCCAGGCCUCAACGGCUAUGAGCUGAAUGGUGAGCCGGACCGCAAGACCUCGAGCAUCGCGGCCCUGCGCAUGAAGGCCAAGGAGCACAGUGCGGCCAUCUCCUGGGCCACAUGACAGGCUCCCUGCUGCCCGCGCCGGUGCCCUCCCCAUCCUUGGGGCCCUGGCCACACCCCUGCUUUCCAGGCCUCCAGCCUCCCAUUCGACUCUCCUGUUAGGAACCUGGCCUGGCCCAGGGGCCUGGCCCUCAGCACUUUCAGCCACCCCGAGUCUGAGGCCCUGUGGACUGCUGGGAGGGAGGGGCAGCAGGCCCCUGUCUCUCCCAGGACUGAGGUCAUGACCCCUGCUCCUAGCCAAAGGCAGUGGAGAAAGCCAAGUGGCCACGUGUGUAGCUUUGGGUUAUAUAAACUGAGGCCUUGUUUCCCCCUCCUGCUCUUCCACCCACCCUUGUGACUUGAGUCUAACUUAGGUUUCUUACCACAUCAGUACUCCAGUCUUGCCCACCCUUCCUUUCUCUGUGGGGUCUCCUGUGGCUCUGUGUCUGAGGGGCAGGCCACCAUGUAGAAUCAGUUCCUGUCCUUUUUUCCUUCUUAAACACACAUGGAAUCCCACCUCCUAGACCCAAGGUAUGUGAUGAGCCUUGUGACCAUGGCCUAGCUGUCCCUCAUGAUGGACACACAUUGGGGAGGGGUCAGAGCUAAAGGGCUCUGCUGCCGUCCACCUGGAAGGAUGAUCAGGCCUGAGGAGAUGUGGAGCAGCUCUUGCACUCUGGCUCUGACAGACACGGGGCGGGGGGCAUGCCAGAUGUGCUGGAAGCUGAGGCUACCCCCCACCACACACACACACACACACACACACACACACACCCCUCCAUGGCCACCAGAAGCCAGAAGCAGAGAUGAUUUCGGAAUGACGUGGAUGACAGGGAGGGUCUGGUGGACCUAUGCUCUCCAUCAGUUAGCUGCAGUCUCCUCAGGGCCAGGUCCUCUCCAGGAGGAACUGUUUGUUCCUUCCUCACCCUACCCUGGUCCCUCACUGGGGCUACUGAGCGGUGUCCUGGGACAGACGUCAUAAUCUAUGGCAUAGAGCCAUGGCUUAAGGGCUCAAAAACCAAGGACGUGUCCUGCUCAACUCCCAGGCGGGAUGACCCUUGCACACACAGACCCAUGAUUCUCCCUGCCACUCUGGGGCAGCAUCACACCUGCCAGAACCUUCCAGGCAGAGUGGGCAGGGCUUCAUGCUCCUCUAGGCUGAGGAGAGAGCAUGCUUCUCUGUGGCCCUGCACGCACUCUUAGUUCUUGGAGAGGAUGGCUUUGACCCCAGGGGCUGGAGUCUCUGUUUCCACAGGCCUCUGGAAGGGCCCCCAGCUAGGUUUCACCGGUCCUCCUGCUCCAUGGCAGUAGACUGUCCUGAAGCCAGUUCUCUGCCUGCAGGAAAGGUCUAUCUCCCAGACUCGACUCUAAGCUCCCCACUUGCAUGAGAGCUGGCUGCACAGAAUUGCCCUUGAGGCAGGACUCCUCAGCAGGUCACCUUGUCCUGCAGAAAUAAACUGACACAUUCUUCCUUCUGCCUUGAUGCCUACCAGAGAGGCAGGCCAGGCCCACGAAGCCAGUCUUAUACAGAGAAUGGUCUGUUAGGCUGAGCAGAGAGAAAGCCUACUACUUAGGACUGAGAGACCCUGCCUUGGAGCUGCCCUAGGUCUUGGUGAGUGAGGGAAGUCAGAGUUCCCUACUCCCAUGCCCUCAUUUGUUCUGGAAAGUAGCCUGGGGAGAUGGUUCAGGCCUGGCCUCUCAUAAGAGUCAGACCUUCAGAAACCAUAGCUCUCUGAUAGAGCUUAGGGAGGCAAAAAGGGGGGGGGGACUUGGACAUUUAAUUUGAUGUCCCCAAAGGCUUGGCUGGAAUGUUUCAGAUGUCUGGGAAUCUGGGUGUGUCUUAGGAGGUCUCCAGCCCUGAGUUCCACUGAACUAACCCAUGAUUCCCAGCAUCUGACAGGAAGGAAGAAGUUAAGGUUGGGAAUGGUUCCUUGAAGUCCUCCACUGGCCUCGUGGCUGGAAGACAUGCUACCAUGUCUGAGAGAAGCAAUUUAAGAUCACCAGGACAGCUCUAGAUGAAGAAGGGAAAGAGCUGUUAGUGGAUUUGGGGAGGGGGCUCUAGGCAAGUAGCUCCUCUGUGUCUAUAUUCUGGCCAGGGUAGACCAAGUCAGGUAAAUUUCAACCCAGAAACUGAAAAGCCUCUACUAGAAGGGUCAGUCGGUGGCUCAGCAUGGAUAAGUAAAGGAGCUCGCCCUCAUAUCUUCAGAGGUCGCUGUUUGUCCCCAGGUGAUCCCAAGGGCCUUCACUUCAGCAGGAUCCUGAGGCAGCUGAAGCUGCUCAGGGCUCCCACGGCACUACCCUCUCACCUCGGCAGCAGCCAGGCUCCUGGUCUAUUCCCAGCCGGGUCUGCCAUAUCCCUUAGGGUGCCAGGCGGGUUGCAGAGCUCUCCACAGCAGCCUGGCCUUCCAGGGCUCACGAGGUACAGGUGGGUGAGAGGAGACUCUACCUGUUGCGUGGUCACUGCUGAGAGAAGCAAGCAUUGCCUUUGGCUGUUUGCCUGUUGCCAUUGCAAACAUGGCUGCUUACUAACAAGGCAGUGGGGAGCUACAGCUCAGUGUAGCCUCCCAGCCUUGGCAGGCUCGAGUGCUCCAGGGAGCACAGUCAUCUCUAGAGGCUCAUUCCUCCCAGGGCACAAGGGCUGAGGCUUGGGGGACAGACAGGCAUGUCUCAAAGUCUCUCCUUGAAGUGCUUUAAUUCUACUUGAACCUCAGUUCUCAUGAUUGGCUCCACCUUUGCCAAGCAGGAGGGCUGCAGAGAAGGAUUCCCCAGUACACUGCGGUGCCCACAGUGGACCUUGGGUGGGUGGACAAAGGCACAUUUCACUGGAGACCACCAUUUAUUUCUCCUUGCACCAUUGCUCACUCUAUGCCAUUCUUGGGGAGACCUGAGGAUUUAAAGAGCAUCCAGGUCUAUGGGGUGUCCCUGACUCUUAGUUUGCAGAGACAAAUAGGCUCAGCUGUGGCAAGGUGGCAGGCAGGGUGCUAAUCCUGGACCGUCCAUUUAGAGAGAGAAGACGGGAUUUUGCUAGUUCGCACUAGAACCACUUAGCUGCCAGGUUGCCACAGGGAGGUAUUCCCACGGGACAGUAUUUCCCACCCAUCCCGCUCCUUUCUUCGCCCUUCACUCACACGUAGAGCUAGGCCUUUAUACUACUGAUUCUGAAGGACAGUUUUCUAUGUCUGAUAACCUGUUUGGGUGUGCAGUGUUUGGAAAAGAGCUAAGUGCGAGAAGGAACAUGAACCUCAACAAGUAUGUGCUGUUGUCAUUGUAAGAUAACUUAGCCUUGUAUAAAAUGCGGUUUUUCCUUUAGCUUAAUGGCCUGGGGGUGGAAUAUUCAAAGUAUAUAUAUUAAAGUACAUUAAAAAUUCAGAAAAGUAAAAAAAAUUAAGUUGGUUCCAUAAAGUUUGACUGCCUAUACCACCAUGUAACUACAUUAUAGCAAAAUAUUAAAAGAAAUGUCCGUGCCUUUUAAAGUAAGUUAUUGCACUUACACCGUUGGGGGGAGAGGAGGACUUAUGGGAGAAGGGGACUUAGGGACCGAAGAGCGGAGGCAGCGGAUGCUCCCAGCAUCCCCUUCGUCGGGCACAGCCCAGACUGCUUGGUUGUUGUUGUUUGCAAUAAAC